UCGUGGCAAAACCUAUGUCUGACUUCGAUCUUUUGACAAGAGACGAAGACGCUUUGAGCAGGAUGCAGGAACUAUUUCCAGUCAGCCCAGUUGUGCCGCCAACUGAACCAUCGCAGCCAGCUCAUAUCAACAACAGUUCCACACCAGUGACAGAGGACCUCGUUCACAGUUGUGUGACUCCUCAAAAGGUACAGCGUGUCCAUGAGACUCGGCAGUCUGAGACAGAUCGGUACAAGUGUGCCAUCAAGCUUCUUCCCAACUUUUUCACACCAGCUGAACUGGCAAUGAGCAACACGGACAGGAAUUUUGGCAAACAACCGCUAGACAAGACUAAACUCCAUACUCUGAAAGGUAAUUUAUAUCAAUUGAGUCUGGUUCGGUACGGUCACGCUCGCUUAAAAGGAACCUUUUUUGUAACAAUGAGUUUAACAAGUGGUGGGAGAGCUGAUCUCAUACGAGAGUGGUGAAGUGAUCUGUUGCUCAGGAAUUGUGUAUAUUGAUUUCCUCUUUUCUUUUUCUUUAGUGUUGAUCUUCACAACGUUACCAGUUGGUCCCGAAGAUAUGCAAAAUAAAUGCCAAGUGUCGGUCGAAGAGAUUUGAAUGUGCUCUCCACGAGAAAUAAUCAUUGAUUCCUUUUUUCAUAAGGGUUUACACUGUAAAUAGAAAUCUCCUAUCAACGUUUUCACAGCUUCUAGAAUUGCACUCUGAGCCAGAUUUAAUUAUGAUCUAAACAAGGUCAUGAGCUAUUAAAUUUCGGCUUAUUGAAUUUCAAGGUGCGCUUUAGUUCAGUCAGCCACCCACGGAUUUAGCUGUGAAAAGUGUUUCAUCUAAAAUUUCGGAGGAGUAAACAAUAGAAUAAUUGUCUUCCAUGAAAAUAUAUUAGUUACGGCUAAGAAAAAUAGCAAAUUGUCAACUCACAUUACUGUAGAAAACCCAGGGGGUACUCCUGGGAAUUCUUGGUGGGGGUGUGCUGCCCGCUUCUCCAAAUCCUGACCCUAUUACAGACCAAAAAAUGUCAUUUUCCAAACCCGUUUUCAAACCAGACCUCCAAAAUCCAUACCUGUACUCAGAGAUGGCCUUCAGGCAGAAAUUAUGUCAUCAUUACUUUGAUUGAGUGCAAAC